UGUCUCCACCAGGCAGCACUUUAUUACUGUAACACUGGAAUAACUUUGGAUUAGCUUGCAUUUAUUUAACUUGAAGAAGACAAUCGAAUCUAUGUGGACAUCCAAGACUGCGGCGCACUAGAGAAGGAACGAGAGACUGAAGAAGGAGCAUAAAAGAGGGAGAAAGCCUCUGUUGAGUAAGAGGAGGAAGAGAAGUCCAAGAUCGAGGAUCUCAUGUCACACUACAACGGGGGACAUUUCAACCCUGCCUACCAUGACAGCGAAACACUGGAGGUCGACAGGAGCCCCUCCAGGAGCAAACACCAGCACAGUAAUCCCUACGCCCGAGAGGCCGACACGGGCGGGCAGAGAGGCUGGCAGCAGCCAGAGGGCCGCCCGGCGGGCUACGACGACGCCCUGGAGAAGGUGCCCUGGGGGGGCUGGCAGGAGGGCAGCUGGAGGGGCAGGGACAGCAUCCCCAUGGGUCUCCUUUCGCCUCAGCCCGAGAGCCCCAAGUGGCUGCAGCAUGAGCUCAACCACAGUACGUUCCAGAUAGAACCUGCGGCUCAGUAUGAUCCUUCCCCUCCCGUACGACAGCUACCUGCAUUCACAGGUAAUAUGACAAUGCGUUGGAGGGGAAUGAGGAGGAUGAGUCUAUUCCCUGGUGGAGAGGCUGCCAUGAGUAAUCUGGGCUUCACAGAGCACGCCAUCAGAACUGAGAUGGAGAACGAGGAGCAGGACCUGGUGAAAGAACUUGUUGCCCUGUCCACUCGCGACAGAAUACGUGCCAUCCGAGGACUCCCCAUGAGCUUCGAGGACAAGAAGCACAUCAGGAGCCAGGUUCUGGCCUUCAAGUCCUCGGAGCGUGCUCGCCAGUUCACCUGCUUUGCAGAAUGCACAGAGAACAUGUCGUUGUCCUUCCGCAGGUGCGGCAUUCACAUGACCUCAGCCCGGCAGGCCUUGAAGAUCUGGCAAGGGACGUUCAAGGAGAUUGGCGGCAAGUUCGGGACUGGCGUCCUCUCCUACUUCCUGUUCCUCAAGUGGCUGCUCAUGCUCAAUUUCUUCUCCUUCCUGGUCAACUUGGCUUCAUCACAUCCCUCAGCUGGUGCAUAACGCCACAGCCAGCUUCCCCGUGGAGGCGAACUUCCGAGGCCUGGAGUUGCUGACCGGAGCGGGUUACUUCAAUUACACCGUAAUGUACUAUGGUGCAUACAGUGAUAAGCCCACGGGGUCAGCUCCUACAGAAUACAACAUGCAGUUGGCCUACUUCUUCACCAUAGCAGCCUACAUGGUCUUGUGUGGAGGUGCCCU